CUUAGUAUGAAGCUCCCACGCGAGCGAGAACCUACUUGAUGGCGAUUUUGGCUAUAACCGGAACACUUUCGGAUAUGAUAUAGGAACACCACUCACUGCUCGAGAGCAACGUCGUUUCAGUGACGCAAUUAAAGGUGGUCACUGUCCUGUUACUUUUCGUCGUCCAACGCCAAUCCCAAUAGAUGAUCCGUAUGAUGUAUACGAUAACGAUGAGCCUGAGAGCAUUAGAGUACAGCGCGAAUUAGAGGAGGCCAUCGAAGGAGAUAUAUGCAAACAAAACUGAAUCGGACUACACAUGACUACAAGGAUAUUAUGCUUGAGAUGCAAGAAGAAUUCAGCACUGUAGGAAAAAUAGUAUCGUGUGAAGAAUGUCAUCUGAUCGUUCCCAUCGAUAAAAUUGUCUGCGAUUGUGGAGUUGCAUUCAAUGUUAGGAGAGGCGGUUGCGCAAUCAACGUAGUUCAACGAACGGAUAUCGUAUUCCGCUUAGCUCAUAUCUUCACAGCUGGUAUGUCGAACAAACUCCAUAGUGAUACAGCGACUAAGUCUUCUGUGGUCUUGACAGCCGACGACAUUGUAAGCUGUACUAAAUGCGAUCGUGGUCGAAAACCUGAUGGUAUUGCUUGUGAGUGCGCUUACUGGUAUAAUAAGCCAGUUGAUUCUCCUGGUGGUAGUGCUGGUGUGGACGACAACGAGUAUGACGGGUACUACGAUCCAUCUGACAUCUGUGAUCUCAAUCCUUAUUUGACGGAAUCGCCGUACACCAUGGCUAGGAUAUAUGCACCAGAUGUGCAACAGCAACAUGCGGCUGUAAAAGCACGUAAGUUCGAUUAAGUUGUAUUAAUUAGUUAUAUUAAUAGGAGUGGAUAUCAAUGUUCUUCACUAGGUAUAUAAUUAAAUCAAAAU